UCCGUUUCGGAUUACUGUUAAAAAACGAACUCAUACCACCACUGGAUUUUUAUUCACUAUAUCGUGACGAUCGUUCAAACUCUCGCCGGCGAAAUUAUGGCGACCAAUCUCCUCCGCCUCACUCUUCCUCCACCGUCGAGUCUGCAUUUUCGUCCCGGUAAGCUCCUCGACGCUAAAUUCUCGAAGCGAAUCUUUCUCAGACAUCGCCGCUCUCGUUUCCGGCGUCACUGUUCGAAACCUAGUUUCCUAGUAUCGAACUCGAUCGAGAUCACUACUCAAUCCUCCACCAUCGAAUCGGAGAAAUCCGUUGCGAGUGAUGAUGAUGAUAAGCCGAUUCUCCUCGAUGUGAGCGGGAUGAUGUGCGGAGGCUGCGUCGCCCGGGUUAAAUCGGUUCUGAUGUCCGACGACCGAGUCGCGUCUGCCGUGGUUAACAUGCUGACGGAGACCGCCGCUGUGAGGCUUAAACCCGAGGUUGUUGAGGCGAUGGCGGAGGAGGAUGCGGGGGAGAGCUUGGCUGAGAGAUUGACGGAGAGCGGGUUCGAGGCUAAGAGGAGAGUUUCCGGGAUGGGGGUGGCGGAGAAUGUGAAGAAGUGGAAGGAGAUGGUGAGUAAGAAGGAGGAGUUGCUCGUUAAGAGCAGGAACCGCGUUGCGUUUGCGUGGACGUUGGUGGCUUUGUGUUGCGGUUCUCACACUUCGCAUAUUCUUCAUUCCUUGGGAAUACACAUUGCUCAUGGAGGAGUCUGGGACUUGCUACACAACUCUUACGUGAAAGGUGGUUUGGCUGUUGGAGCUUUGUUGGGACCAGGACGAGAUUUGCUGUUUGACGGCAUAAAGGCUUUCGGGAAAAGAUCACCCAAUAUGAACUCGUUAGUUGGAUUGGGAUCUAUGGCUGCCUUUGCCAUUAGUUUGAUCUCACUUGUGAAUCCCGAACUAGAGUGGGAUGCUUCAUUCUUUGAGGAACCGGUCAUGCUGCUUGGUUUUGUGCUCCUUGGUCGUUCUUUGGAAGAAAGAGCAAAGCUAAAAGCAUCUAGUGAUAUGAAUGAACUAUUGUCACUCAUCUCCACUCAAUCAAGACUUGUGAUUACUCCAUCAGACAAUAACACAGCAGCUGAUUCUGUACUUUCCUCUGAUUCAGUUUGCAUCAAUGUACCAGUUGAUGAGAUUCGAGUUGGAGACUCGCUUUUGGUUUUGCCUGGCGAAACGUUUCCCGUCGAUGGGAAUGUGCUAGCUGGAAGAAGUGUUGUGGAUGAAUCUAUGCUGACAGGAGAGUCACUUCCCGUGUAUAAAGAAGAAGGUUGCUCAGUUUCAGCGGGAACAAUAAACUGGGAUGGCCCUCUACGGAUUGAAGCUUCUUCUACUGGCUCCAACUCAACAAUAUCUAAAAUCGUCAAAAUGGUUGAGGACGCUCAAGGUAAUGCAGCUCCUGUACAGAGGCUGGCAGAUGCAAUAGCCGGACCAUUUGUCUAUACUAUAAUGUCUUUAUCUGCAGUGACGUUUGCCUUCUGGUAUUACGUUGGUUCACACAUCUUCCCAGAUGUUUUGCUUAAUGAUAUUGCUGGACCUGAUGGAGAUCCUUUGGCACUAAGCAUAAAACUGGCCGUGGAUGUCUUGGUAGUUUCCUGCCCCUGUGCACUGGGCCUUGCAACACCAACCGCCAUAUUAAUUGGCACAUCUCUUGGAGCAAAGCGAGGAUAUCUUAUCAGAGGAGGAGAUGUCUUAGAACGCCUGGCCUCCAUUGAUUGUAUUGCUUUAGACAAGACAGGGACUCUUACUGAAGGAAGACCCAUCGUCUCUGGUGUUGGGUCUUUAAUUUACGAAGAAAAAGAAGUUCUUAAACUAGCUGCUGCGGUGGAGAAGACAGCAACACACCCAAUAGCGAAGGCUAUUGUAAACGAGGCAUUAGCGCUGAAUCUGGAAACUCCAGAAACAAGAGGCCAAUUGACAGAACCAGGCUUUGGAACUCUGGCAGAAAUAGAUGGACGUUUGGUUGCUGUGGGUGCACUCGAAUGGGUUUCCAAUCGUUUCCACAAAAAGAACGACUCCUCGGACGUAGUUAAGCUGGAAAGCUAUUUGGAUCAUAAACUAUCCAGCUCAUCAUUGACGUCCAGGUAUUCAAAGACCGUUGUCUACGUUGGACGCGAAGGAGAAGGGAUUAUUGGUGCUAUUGCAAUAUCUGAUUGCUUGCGCAAAGAUGCUGAGUUUACUGUAGCCAGGCUUCAGGAGAAAGGCAUCAAAACAGUCCUCUUAUCAGGGGAUAGGGAAGGAGCAGUGGCAACAGUGGCAAAGAAUGUGGGGAUUGAGAGUGAAUCAACCAACUAUUCUUUGUCUCCGGAUAAGAAGUUUGAGUUUAUAUCUAAUCUUCAAUCCUCUGGACAUCGCGUCGCUAUGGUGGGUGAUGGCAUAAACGAUGCCCCUUCGUUGGCUCAAGCUGAUGUCGGAAUAGCUCUAAAGAUCGAGGCACAAGAAAACGCUGCAUCGAAUGCAGCAUCGGUCAUACUUGUCCGCAACAAACUCUCACAUGUUGUGGAUGCACUGAGUCUUGCACAAGCGACAAUGUCGAAAGUUUAUCAGAAUCUGGCAUGGGCAAUUGCAUAUAAUGUCAUCUCGAUCCCUAUAGCUGCAGGUGUCUUGCUUCCUCAGUAUGAUUUCGCCAUGACACCUUCCUUAUCCGGUGGACUAAUGGCACUGAGCUCGAUAUUUGUCGUCUCAAAUUCAUUACUUCUCCAGCUCCAUAAAUCUGAAACAAGUGGAAACAGCUAGAAAGCUGGUUCCAUCUGUUUUGGAGACCGAGAAGAAACAAUAAAUGGUUUUGUAUAAUAGAGAGUAUGAAUCUUGUAAUUAAUAUACAUAGAAUCUUGAUGUUAAUAGUAUUUGAUAAGAUUUUACGAAAGGUUUGACUUA